CGUCCGCGAUAGGGACCGCGGCGGUGACCCCAUUGCUAAAGAAGAAACGAACGAUGAGAGAUAAUGCAUCGAUGCUGUGCGAUUGGCAAAAAAAACACGGACGAGGGAGCUGAAUUGGAUUAAGGGUAUAUGGGUCCUUUUUUUAAUAAUCGGUGUCUUUUUUGUCUAAUUUUAGAAUUGGGCCUACUUUUGUCCAAGGAGAAGCUGGAGGCAUUAUUCUUGUCAUUUUUUCUAAUUUUCAAAGUUGCAAACUCCAAAUUAAAUAUAAUUAAAAAUUGAUAUUCCUAAUUAAGUGAAUAAAAAGAAAUUGUUUGACUAAAAACAAUCAAUUUUGCGAAUCAAUUUGGGACGGAGGUAGUAUAAAAUAAUCCAUACGUAUUGUAUAUAAAAACUGGUAUUAUUAAUUAAUAGGUCAUGCUUAUUUUAUAUUAAAUAUACGUAGUAUAUUUUUAGUUUCUUAAUUAAAUCGGGGUUUUCAGCUUGGGUCGGGCAUAAAAUUUUAGAACCUGAAUUAGGACUAGUGGUGGAUUUAGUAUCUAACUUUUAGGUGUUCAAUGUUUUAAAUAUUAAAAUUUUAAAGAAGAAUAAAUAUAAUUAUAUUAAAUUACACACAUAUACUUGCAUGAUUUUAUAAAUUUUGAGUGUUCAUGUGAACACCUUGGAACACUACCACAUCCGCCAUUGAUUAGGACCCAUGUUUUUGGGUUCAAAUCGGGUAUUUAAACCCGAACCGAUCAUUUUUAAAAUAAACCCAAACCAAUGCCAUAUCUCGCGUUGAGUUCAUUUGAUUAUCGGGUUUUGGGUCGUUUUUUCUCACCCCUAAUUUGUGGUUAGGGUGGACUUUAACCCAACCCAAUUGUUUUAAAUUAUAGGUAUAGAUUUCAAAUUAAUGACUAGCUCACUCCAAAAUUAAUGUCCUGCCUCGCCGUGUAGGCGUCCCUGGGAGUCUUUGACUUGCGUUGGCGCGUUGCUGCCUCCUGGCCAGCAUAGAGGCACUCCAAUUUCGCCUCCUGCCUCUACCUCUCUCCGACUCUCCCAAUUCAGCAAUCCGCUGUCCAGAAAAGGUAAAUCAGAAGCAAACUCCAAAGCGCGUCGAUCAACCCUUGGCGGUGGUUCUGAAGGAGGCCUGACCCUCUCAACGAUUGUUGAUGCACCAAUCAGGAAGAGACCGAUCAUUUUCUCCGCGUUGUCCGUACCCUGCACUGCUCGGUUCUCCUCAUCUGCGACAAAUUGAUCGCCAAUCCCCUGCUUACCAAUGCCAGCGAUCUCCAUCUGCAACCGUCCUCCUUCGAUCUCGAUGCUCAAGCCCUACGGAGAUGGGAAACGCCAGGCCCAAUCGCCACAAAAGGACGUUGCCGGAAAAUCGCUCCAGCCUCGUCGCAGCUCGCCCGUGUCGUCUGCCUUUCGCCUCGGUCCCAGCCGAGAUGAAUUGCACUCGUCCAACUGUCUUCUCUACUUUGCUGCUCUCGAUCCUCAACCAAAAGCCGAGAUCGGAAAGACAAGCCUAGCGGCGGCAAAGCCCUAGGAGGACCGAAGAUUUAGAGAGCUAAGCUCUCGCUCCGGAAGGGAAAAGAACUCCAGGUUGCAUUUUGGAUCCUCAAAGAACAAUCAAGUGGUGGUCUUUGACUAAAUUAGAAAUAUCAGGAGUGAAUUUGCCUCAGACUGUAGUUGAAAAGAUAUUAUCUGGUUGUCCUGUUUUGAACUUCUUGGAUCUGAGUGAGUGUAGGGGUUUCACUUGUAUAGAGAUCAACUCUCAAAAUCUACGUGAAUUGCGAAUAAGGGACUCAAGAUGAAGAAAGUACAGUGAGGGUUUCCUGCAAAUUUCAGCCCCCUAUAUAACACAUUUGAGUCUUUGGUUGUAUCCUAAUGGAAGACAGAUAAACCUCAAAGACAUCUCAUCUCUUGUUAGUGCUAAUAUUGAUUUUAUUGAACUAUUUUGGGAUUUUAUACUCCCUGAAGAGCUGUGUAGUACGCAGGAAAUUUUUGAAAAGAUUCAUCACGUCAAGAAGCUUGAACUAGGUCCUGAGGACCUGAACCCCUUAAGGUGUGUAUUGAUGCUCCAAAUUUUAUUUUCCAUUAUUGUGUCUCAAGAAUUGAAAUUCAAACAUUCUAGCCAAACUUAGUGGAAUUCGUUUAUGUUGUCUCUCAAUAGAAUAGUCUCAUUGAAUUUCUAUAUUUCCAAAUGGUCUUCACUUGUAUCAUGGCAUUAACCAAAUUGAUACAUCUUCCUUUCCUGUAUAGAGAGUUAUGGGAGAAAAUACAUUUGCGAUAAAGACACCAAGUUUAGAUAAAAAAGAUUUGUGCAGAACUUUAAAAAUAUGCGUAGAUAUAAUUUUGAGAGACAAACUUUGUCACCAAAGAAUCAACAUGAGGAGUGUCAUGGAUUUGUUACAUGUUUUCAGGAAAGAGUAGCCAUAAGCUAAUUUAAUUGUUUGCAAGCUUAUUAGUUAUGCAGCAAAGUUCAGUUGUUUUGCGCCCCUGUGGUGAUCAGUCAUUAAUUAGUGCCUUCAUCCAAAGUAGGGCUGGGCUGCAAUUUGAGUUUUCCAUUUCAUAUGGAAGAAUUAUUCUGCCCGUACCAUAACUGGAAGAAUAAAAAAAAUGUAUGGGAUUUGACCGAUUUCUUUUAUACUAUGUGAUUGUGAAACAGAUUUUAAAUUUUUUUAAUAUUCAUGGUCUUUUUUCUGGGAUCAUUAGCAAAAAGUGUAUGACUAUAUGAGGUAUAGAUCCGUUCAUUUUAGGCGUAAAAUGAAUGAAUGAUUAGAUUUGUUCGUUUUAGACAUAAAAUUGCUCAUUUAAGAUUUAACAAGCCAGGUUGAUUUUAAUGAGGUGACUGCAGGGGAGAAUCUAUGCACGGGCUAUGGUAGGUUGAAGUCCGGGGCAACUUAGAAAUUUUUCAAUUUUUUUAGUGUAAACUUUUCCAUUUUUCACGUUUAGCUCACCCCUCUAAUAUUUAAGCCUAGUAUAAUUUCUAUUCAACCGAAAGCAUCUCAGAUUCCUGGAUCCGCCCCUUGAUGACUGACUCUAUGUUUAUUCUUAUGGUUCACGAUUGGAUCUGUAAAAUCUGUUUGAAAGUUGUCUUAUAUGUGUUCUCAAUUUUAAUAUAAACUCGUCUUUUUUAAUGAUAAAAAUAUUCAUGAUUAAGAAUUAUUAUAAUCAUUACUUAUAUAAUUGGGAAAUCAUAAUUAUGAUUUCAAGAUGAUAAUUGUGUGGCUCAUAAUCGAUCAUCUCCUAACUUGAUUAAGCUCACAUUUUCUCCUAUAAAUAGGAGUUUCCUACUUGUUUCCUUCCAUUUCAUAACAAUUACAAAGAGUUGUCUCUAAACAAACAAUUCUUUGUGCACUAGACAAAUGAAUGUACGAAAGGUGUACACAUAAAUGUGUACAUCUAGCACAACCCUUAAACUAAAAUAAUGACUAGCUUAUUAGGAUGUUUUUACUUGGACGAUUUUCAGUCUCAAACCAUAUUAGACCAGAGCUAAACAAACCAGAUCAGAAAAGAUAAGAUUUAAAUAGAUCACACCAGACUUAAACAAACCAGACCAUUAAUAAAAACCACUUAGCCGGUGGGCGUAGCUCAACUGGUAGCGAGGGAGUGCCACAAGGGUUAGGUCUCGGGUUCGAAUCCCGACAACUGCGAUAAGGGGUUACUUUGCUGAAAAAUGCAUAGGGCCUCUGCAAGUACCGGGGACGGAGCCUCACUCUCUCUCUGUCAGGUUGUGAUUAUAGUUCAACUUACAUCCUCCCAUCGUGCUGUCCGGUCGGUGUUGGGGGUCCUGAGGGAUGGGGUGUCAUCCUUUUUUUUUAAAGGGAAAAGGGGCAAAUAAGCCCUCGAACUAAUAAAAAAAGUGCAAAUAAGCCCUUUUGUAGGAGGUUCUGUCCGAUCAUCGUCAUUGGGGGAGGUUCUCGGUGGAAUUUUUUGAUGAAUUUUUUUGAGCAUAUUCUUCAUUAAGUCUAGUUUAGCCAUACCGAAUUUCAGCUAAAAAUUCAACCGGGAAGGCACUCAAAUGAUUUUCGGAAAAAUACUGGGUUGUUUAACUGUGCAGUUAUCUUCAAAAAUUCAUUUGACUGUCUUCCCAGUUUAAUUUUUAGCUGAAAUUCAGUAGGACUAAACUAUACUUAAUGAAUAAGAUGCUCAAAAAUUUUCAUCAAAAAAUUCCACCGUGAACCUCCCCAAAUGACAAUGACUGGACGGAACCUCUUACAAAAGGGCUUAUUUGCACUUUUUUGAUUAGUUCGAGGGCUUAUUUGCCUCUUUUCCCUUUUUUAAAUAAAAACCACUUAAACAAACCACACCAGCAAUAAAAACCACUGAGGGAGUCAAGGCACGACAUCCUCCACUGGCUCCACACUCCCAUGAGUCACUCCCAUCCGGCCAGCCGUCAUCGUCGAGCGUCCUUGAUUAGCCCUCCAGUCCAGCUGCCCAGCUGACUUGCGCCGCCUCCCGCCGUCCAGAGUCCUGCACUCCUGCGUCUCCGCGUCGGCCGUCGGCGUCCCUGCGAGUCUGCGACCUGCGUUGGCGCGUUGCUGCCUCCUGACCGGCAUAGCGGCACUUCAGUUUCGCCUCCUGCCUCUAGAGCUCUCUCCAACUCCCAAUUCAGCAAUCCGCUGUCCAGGUAUUACUCUUUGCCUAUUACUUUUUUGUUUUUUAAUUCUAAUGGAUUAUUAGUUGAAUUUUUUAAUAGGUAAUAAAAAUGUGUUUAUUCAUUAUAAAGAUUAAAGAUAUUGUCAAUUUAGUACAUGUCUUAAUUCUAUUCAAUUUAGUACAUGUCUUAAUUCUAUUAAUUUAAAAUGUAAUUCAUAAGUGUAGUUCUUUUAAUUGUAAUACAUCACAAUUUCAUAUACAAUUCAAGAUUAGAGAAUGACUUAUUUAUUGUUUGGGCGUGUAAGAAAGAAUUAAAAAUUUUAAAUUCAAUUUUUAAAUUUGGAAUUAGAUUGAAGUGUUAAUGUUAAACGAUUACUAUUACUUAUUAGUUAUAACAUUUUGAUGUAUUUGUUUUGUACUUUUAUACGGAGUAGUAGUAUUUUAAUUCUAAUCUCGUCACUGAUGUAUAAUUUUUUUUUAAAAUGGAUAACCAACAUAUUGCCAAGAAAGGAAAGAAGGUGAUUCAUCAUUCUUUAUGAAAGUGGAUUGUCAAACUUAUCUAUAUUGAAUGAGAUUUUGUCAAUAAUAUAGAUGUAUAUUCCAUUAUUGAUGAGUUUUUUUACUCUAAAGUGGUGGCUCUGGCACAACUUAAAUAAUGUUUUGAUUAAAGCAUUGACUUUUUUUUAAGUAUUGACAUAUCAUUAUGCAUGUGUCUUCAAAUUAUAUUUCUCAGCCCGUCUAUUGUAACGUUCUGGAUUCGCCCCUGGCCGCAGUUAGACUGUACACCCUAGUCACCACAGUUUUUGGCAAAGGGUACAUCUCUCUCUCCAGAGAUUGACAAAGUUAUUGACCGAGCGGGGGCAACGGAAUCAGUCAUUUGGAUUCGAACAGUCCAUGCUUGUAUUUCGUGAUUGUGUUUUAUCACCUCGAUGAGGGAAAAAGGUUUAGAGAAAGAAACUCCAGAAUGUGGAGAAAGUGAUUUAUGCAAAGGAGAAGAAUUUGGAGCUGAAAAUCUAGAAAUUUAUUUUCACGAAAAUGUUAGGGAAAACAAUCGAAUUAGGGUUUCAAUUGAUAGGAUCAGUGCAUUACCGGAUUGCUUACUUGUUCACAUCAUAUCUUUACUCGGUAUGAAGAAAGCUGCUAGUACGAGUAUUUUGGGGAAAAGAUGGCAAUUUCUUUGGACUGAAUUACCGAGCCUUCAAUUCGACUCCUAUGGUUGGGCUAAAAGUAAGGAAAGUGAGAUUACAUCUGACUUUGUCGCUUGGGUUAAUAGGAUCAUUGCUACUCGUCGUGGAAAUUAUCUUGAGAAGUUGAAGGUUACUUUCAAGUAUGAGGAUUGCUUCUCUACAGAUGUUGAUAACUGGAUCCAGUUUGCCUUGGAAAGUAAGGUGAAAGAAGUUAGUUUGGAAAUGAACAACAGUCAAGAUUUCUACAUUCUUCAUGAAAUGAUUUAUUCAAAUUCAUCCUUGACUUCAUUGUAUUUAGAAGGUUGCAUUUUGGAUCCUCAAAGAACAAUCAAGUGGUGGUCAUUGACUAAAUUAGAAAUAUCAGGAGUGAAUUUGCCUCAGUCUGUAGUUGAAAAGAUAUUAUCUGGUUGUCCUGUUUUGAAAUUCUUGGAUCUGAGUGAGUGUUAUGGUUUCACGUGUUUGGAGAUCAACUCUCAAAAUCUACGUCAACUGCAAAUAAGGGACUCUGAAGGUGAUGAAAGUGAGGGUUUCCUGCAAAUUUCAGCACCCUAUAUAACAAAUUUGAGUCUUUGGUUGUAUCCUAUGGGAAGACAGAUAAACCUCAAAGACAUCUCAUCUCUUGUUAGUGCUAAUAUUGAUUUUAUUGAACCCUUUUGGGAUAUAAUAAUUCCUGAGAAAGUGCUGAGUAGUACGAAAGAAAUUUUUGAAAAGAUUCAUCACGUCAAGGAGCUUGAACUGUGUCCUGAACCCCUUAAGGUGUGUAUUGAUGUUCCAGAUUUUCUUUUCCACUAUUAUGUCUAAAAAAUUGAAAUUGAAAUGAUCUAGCCUAACUUAUAAAAUAAUAUCUUAGUGGAAUUCAUUUAUGUUGUCUCUCAAUUGAAUAGUCUCAUUGAAUUUCUAUAUUUCCAAAUGGUCUU